AUGAGGAGCAUGGAAAACAAGGCCGAGAUCGAAGAGCAAGAUGAGACGUACCAUAUGCUCAACGCUACGUUGACUAGCCAUCGGAACCGCCCAGACGAGUGGGACUGUUCCUUCAAACAUGGACCACCGAUUCCUCCUCCACCAAUGGCACGAGAUGUUGAGGAAGAACAUCGGAAGCGACCAUCUUCCUCGUCUUCCUCAUCUUCCUCAUCUUCCUCGUCUUCCUCGUCUUCUUCGUCUUCGCUCUCGACCUCRCUCUCAGCUUCAGUUUCAACUUCAAUCCCAGUAACGACAGAGACUAUGUCGUCAAACGGUUCCUCUACUGCCAACGCUACAGGGUCUGCGCCGGCUCCUGGACCAACCACUGGUGGAAGUGGCUGUCAAUCCUACGACAUAUGCUUUGAAGAGACUGUGGGACUAACCGAAGGAGUCAAGGCACAGCAGAUCGCCCUGAGACACCAGGAGUCAUCGAAAAAGGUCAUGGUGCACAUACUUAAUCAGUGUGUGCCGAUUAAGCCCCGUAUUCGCAGAGGGGUUCAGAUGGCAAACACUAAACCUUCGGUUAAACAGUUGCAACAAUUUCUGACGAAUUGUGAGAGGGUCCAUUCUAGCGUGAGCCAACUUGUCAAGCGAGCCAGCGACAAACUCAAGGAGCUGGACAGGCACGAGUUUCAAAAACGUGACCUUGACUGGACACGGACACCCAAUCGGCAGCAAGAGAAGCGGACAGAAACGGUCAGAGAGCUCGAUGAACUGCAGAAAAGGCUCGACCGGUGCCAUGGAGACGUCUCGUCAGAUUUCUCGACGUUGGGUGAACACAACAGUGACAUUACGCGGAAAUGGAAAGCGGUCGCAAUUGGACACGCAGAGAUUACUUCCGCGAACUCCAGCAAACCCAAAAAGGAGGAGGGUGACGAAAAUCCUGACUUCAGCGAGACAAGAAUCGAAGCACGCAAUGAGCCCGAGAGACAGGAGUAUGGGUACUGUGAGAGCUUGAUGGAGAACAAAUUGCCGCUGAUGCUGGACAAUUUCGCUCAUGAACGGGACGAACUUGGGUACGCAAAUGCGGACUGUCAGUUCAAAUUGAGAAAAGCAACAGGGUCUGAUAGCACACCGUGCCCGGGUACUGCGACCGCGAACACCGGCGAUCCCAAGCUAGUCGAAGAGAACCUUUCUUUACGGAAGGAGAACAAACGACUUAAUGAGGAACUGGCCGACGCAAUACAGAGGGCAAACCCCAGCGGAGGAGGUGACAAGGCGACAUCCUCUCAGUCCCAGUCCAAGACAGAGAUGCCCAAGUCGACGGCUUCGAAGACGACUGAUCGGACUACCAUGGCCGCAUCCACAGGCCACAGGGCAUCGACUACGGCAUCGACAGCGUCGACGAAGACGCCGCCAGUUCCUGGGGAUAAGAAGUCUGGAACGGCCAAGUCUACUGUCUUCUAA